AAUGCCACAGUAGCAGUGAGUGUAUCAAAGCUAUGCAAAGCAUGCAAAAAUUUCAUCAAAAUGAUCGAGGAUGGAAUGACAUCGGAUACAGCUUUGGCGUUGGAGGAGAUGGAAAUAUUUACAUGGGACGUGGCUUUUCUGUGAUUGGUGCACAUGCUCCACGUUACAAUGACAAAAGUGUGGGAAUAUGUUUAAUCGGCGACUGGAGAGAAAAACUUCCGCCUGAGAAGAUGCUUCAGGCAGUUCAAAAACUUAUCCAAUCUGGAGUUGAAGAGGGUUAUAUAGCGAAAAAUUACACACUUCUGGGACAUCGUCAAGUAAGGGAUACGGAGUGUCCGGGACAAAAGCUAUUUGAUGAGAUCAAAACCUGGCCACACUUCUCACCGCAUCCUUCUGGACCAAAUGACACCUACAGGCCGCCCAGUUGAAGUCUCUGUGACCAAUAAACUUUAUAAAAAUGACACAUAAAAUUUUAUGAAACCAUA